AUGUACGUCAAAACUAUAAUCACAUACGCCGGUCCAGCAUGGGGUGCACUUAUAUCAACUGCAAACUGGAGACGGCUGGAAGCAGUACAAAGCAUAGCCCUCCGAAUAAUCACUGGCUCGCCCUGGUUUGUCCGGAACACCGUCAUUUCAAAAUCCAGCCAAGUUCCAUCGAUCCAAUCAACCAUCACUCAAAAUUCAAAAAACAUGUUCAUCAAACUCCAACAAUUCAACUACAACCACCUACAAAGCAUAGGCAAAAUGAUCGGCCCACCUGAACUCAACAGAAACAGACCCGGUGAACUGACCAGGCGCACUUAA